ACGACCGUGCCGUCAUGUCUCUCGCGCCAACAGCGCUCGAGUGCGAUUAUGACCAUCUUGGAAAAGAACAUUAAUAGGACAGCCUAUCAGCGAUUUGGCGCUUUAGCGACCAAUAGAUCACGCCGUGACUUGGGUCAAGUCAUAUAUAUGCCUUCCACAACGUGUUCUCUCAUCACACAGCACCGUGAUCUUCACAUCGGCGCUCUGCUAUUUGAGUGCUGAUGUCUUACCGUCCUGACGAAUCAAAUGCACAGAUCUAUGCUGAGGGCGCAUGGCUACAGGGCGCCAUCGUCACUGGUGUCCUUUAUGGUGUGGUAAUCGUCCUCUCUGCCAUGUGUUGGCGCUCCCUCUGGCCCCGCAUUCGAUCGCAUGGCACUGGCUACAAGAUGAAUAGGUUCCUCUUAUCCUAUGUCACUUUCCUCUUUGUUAUUGGUACCAUAUAUGUGGCAUUCAAUGCCCAGAUAACGCAAAUGGGCUUCAUCGAUAAUCGUUUAUAUCCCGGAGGCCCUAGUGCAUACGAGGAGGCGACCUCGUCAGCUCCACUAAACACUGCUUUCGUGGUUUCGGAUUGGUGUGCAGACCUAUUGAUGAUCUGGCGAUGUACGGUAGUUUACAGAGAUACUAGAAUCCACUACUUAAUCGUCGGACUUGGAUCUCUUCUGUUCCUCGGAACACUCAUCACAGGAACUCUCUGGCUUGUCAUCGUCUCAACACCGGUACAAUCUGCAAGCGGCUGGAUGUCCUUCACCUUGCUCUUCCCAUACCUCUGCUUCUCCCUCGCCAUCAAUAUCUUCAUCAGCCUCCUCACUGUCUUACGCCUUCUAUACCACCGCCAUCGUAUAUCCAAAGUCCUUGGCUUAGGCCACGGCGCGAUUUACGCCAGUUUCGCAGCCAUCAUCAUCGAAUCCGCCGCCAUUUACUCAAUAUGUUCGCUCCUGUACCUCAUACCGUAUACCCUCAACAGCCCGAUCUCAUAUGCAUUCAUGCAAUUACUGGGUGAGGCGCAGGUCGUCGCACCACUCCUUAUCAUCUACCGCAUCGCAGUGGGCAAGGCAUGGACGAAUCGCUCCUCCACCCUCAGGGAUGAAAACUCCAUCCAGCUGCGGCGGCCGUUGGACUUACCAAAGCCCCCGCCCCAAGUCGCUCCACUGAACGUUGAGAUAUCCUUUCACCAAGAAACCCACGAAGAAUCAAUACGCUCUCCAUACCCGAUGAAAUCUACCGCAGAUGAGGCCGAUACCUUUGGCAGGGCGAUAUGAGACGACCCAGAUAUUAUGUACAAGCUACGUUGUGUGAUAAUGCUUUCGUUGCAAUGCCUCUUGAGAUCUAUGUAGUUACCCUGGAGUUGACAAAAACAGUUAGCAUCUUGAAUAUGCCCACUUUCAUCCAUGCCAACACAAUACAGGAGCAGA